CUUCCCUCUGAUCUCUCCCCUCUCUCCUCUCUUUGCGCAACACCAGAUACCGUCCGUCCCGCAACCAUGGAAGGCAUACAGGGUCCCCCGCCCGAGGGCCCGAUUGCCUCGAUUGCAGAACCGGGCAUCAAGGCCGACGGCCAGCUGCUGUUCGACCUGCGCCGCGAGGUCGCCUCUUUGUUGCACCGCAACCAGACCAGCUUCCCAGGUGCGCAACCCGUCAGCUUUGCGCGCAAACACCUCGAGGAGCUGCGGAACAAAGACUACUAUGUCUGUGAAAAGUCUGACGGCAUCCGGUACCUCUUAUACCUUACCGAGGACGAGGGACGGGAGAUCCACUACCUCAUUGACCGCAAGAACGACUACUGGUUCAUUAAGAACACCAGCUUUCACUUCCCGCGCAAAGACGACUUGACAAAGUUCCAUACGCGCACGCUCAUCGACGGCGAGCUGGUCAUGGACGACACGGGAAAAGGCCAAAAGGAGCCGCGUUUUCUUGUCUUCGAUUGCCUCGUGCUCGACGGCCAGGAUCUUAUGUCUCGCACGCUCGACAAGCGGCUUGCCUACUUUAACGAGAACAUCUACAAGCCUUACCGCGACUUGUUUAAGCAGUACCCGGAGGAGCGCGACUUCCAGCCGUUCCUGGUGGAGAUGAAGGCCAUGCAGCUGAGCUACGGCAUCGAGAUGAUGUUCCGCGAGAUCUUGCCCAAGCUGCGACACGGCAACGACGGGCUCAUCUUCACAUGUGUUAGCAGCGAUUACAAGCACGGCACCGACCCGCACAUCCUCAAGUGGAAGCCUCCCGAAGAGAACACAGUUGAUUGCCGGCUGCGGCUGCACUUCCCUACCGUGCAGCCAGGCGACGGCGACGACGACGUCGACGGUCCCUAUGUCGACUACGAGUCCGUCCCACGCUCCGAGCUGUGGAGCUUCAUGGGCGACGGGCGAUAUCAGUAUUUUGCCGACGUUCAUAUCACCGAGGAAGAAUGGGAGAUUCUCAAGGGGCUGGGCGACCCGCUCCAGGAGCGCAUCGUUGAGUGUCACAAGGACGACCUGGACCGGUGGCGCAUCAUCCGCUUCCGCGACGACAAGUCCGAGGCCAAUCACAUUUCGACGAUCAAGAGCGUCAUGGAGAGCAUCGAGGACCGUGUUACGGAGAAGGACCUCGCCGAGGCAGCCAAGAGCAUCAAGGACAACUGGAAGACGCGCAACGCUAAACGGUGACCUGACUUGGACCUGUGAGCCUUACAGGCAAGGACGUUACAGUCUAAUUUUGUUGGUGGGUGGCCCGCGAGGCAGGGGCUCGAACAAGUUCACGUUGAGGUGACGGUGUGGUGCUUUUUUGACUAUAUGCGAACGGGGUGGCGUCUUUGAUGGUUCGUCUGCAAAGCCAAGCAGAAGAAGAAGAAGAAGUUAGGGGGAAAGGAUGGCAGUCCGAGAUCGGCAGAGGCGUACGCAGUUUUGCAUUUUCUCUUCCCUUGCGCUCGCGACUCUCCUUUUGCUCUUCAUUUUCAUGAGCAUCUUCAAGUUCGGCUGCGCGCAUGGCUUUUAUUUUACUUUUUAGGCGUUAGAGCUUCUGGAUAAAGCGGGCAUUAAAGGGUAUUGGGAUCCGGCGUGUCCUUUUCUUCACCCAUCCAUUCCGUUUUGUAUAGGUAUGAGGGGGGAAAAGCAAGCGAUUCGUCUUCGAGAUGUGCUAUUCGCAAUAAUGACCAGCAGUACAGAGUACAUUAAUGACAUAUCCUCC